AUGACAAUGACUACGGUGGCUGACGGGCUGGAUGCGCAGGACUCGUCCAAACCUGCCUUCAUGGAGUUCCGGCAGCAGCAGCAGCAGCUACCCCCUCAGCAACUUCCCCAUUCGCUGCCGCCACCUCCAGUGCAGCAGCAGACUUUGCCAGUGACGGCCAUGGCAGGCGUCCACUACCCACUCCACUGUGCACUCCACCAGCACCCGCACCAUCAUCACCACCACGUCGUGCCUUACCCGGCCAACUCGGCCAGCGCCAACUCCCAUAACCACUGCUCGUUCGCCGCCGCCGCCUACCCUUACAUGAGCCACUCGCAGCACAGCCCUUACCUCCAGUCUUACCACGGCGGCAGCGGGAGCAGCAGCGCGGCCAGCCAGACGAGGCCAGAUGAUGCAGGUGGGUGA